AGAAAGCUCGCGCGCGUCAUUCCCUUCGCGAGACUGCAUUCAACAAGGUGGCCACAGGAGAACCUUCCCGCGCGCGCUGUUCCUGUAUUUUCGACGGUCGUCCUUUUUUUUCUUUCUUGGAAAAGAACCGUACGUUGGUAUUCGUGAGAGGGGCGGAUGUUGUUGUGGUGCUAAGUUAGUGUGUUAUCAUCAGCAUUCGUCCUCGUCGCCGUCGUGGCCAGGAUCUAUUUUUAGCACUCGGGGACGAAACGGGACGGGAUUUUCCGCGAAAGCUUCUCGUUGGGCAAGGUGCUGGGGCGAGGGUUAAGUGGGUGGUGCAUGUUUUGAGUCCUUGUCGUCGUCGUCGUCGGCUGUGUAAAUGAAAAUUCUGUGCGAGGAUAAUCGCUGACUUGGAUUGAGACAUCCUGCAAGGAUAACAUUCACAGUGUCAGAGUGGGUGUGUGUGCGAGAUAUCGUAAAUGUCAAAAGUUUUUCCUUGGCGCUGAGGAAAACCACCCCCUUGGGCGUGAAGGAAACAAAGGAAAAGCGUCCCGUGAGUCCUGUCGGAGCGGUCCAGUCACAAGGAGGAAAACCAUGUUUGGACCGAGUGUAAUGAGUGUGAAAAAGGUGAAAAGUUCUGAUUCUUCGCCGAAUCUAGUCUGAGAGUGUGCCCAGCAAACACACCCUAGCGGAGAACACCCUGAAGAGAGUGUGUUGUGCUCCAGACUGGAUACAAACAAAAAGGACACCCCCGCCGAGAUAGUGAAUGGCUUAAUUAAGGGGUGCCACCUCCUUCGUCAAGUGAACCUCUUGUUUAAAACCGCUUCGGCUCAUAACAAGUGUGUGCUAAUCGAUUUUCCCUCCAUGAAUCAUCGUCUGAACCCUGCCUGAGACCUCUUUCGUCGUCGUUAUCAUCGAUCGGCAAGAAGAAGAAUAAGCAUGAAGCCCGCUGAUAAGACUUGUUGGGGGGAGUGUUAAAACUCAGCAGGUUCGAAGCCACUACCGCAAUGCUAGUAGGUGGCCAUCAAUCUCGACAACAUGACCAACAGGGGAUCAUCGUCAGCUUCACCUCCAGACUCCAGCACCAGGCAUCAGAAGAAGAAGCACCGUAAGCUGGGGCUGCUGGCCGCGAUGCCGAAGCUCAACCGGCGGCGGUUCUAUCUCGCCCUCAAGGUGAUGCUGCUGUUUGUGGUGUUUGGGCUGUACUUUGUGCUGCUGCUGCGGGAGUCCAUGUCGGCGUUUUCCGCCGGGGGAAGGGGGAAAAGCAGCGGGAAAGUUGAACAGCACAAACCCCCCGCCGAAGGUCGCCUUUCGCGCCCAAUCAAAGCUGCCGGCUUCCAGCGGCCGCGCCAAAACAGCAUCCACAACCACGGAGGAGACGAUACGCUGCAGUCUUCCAAGAAUCACCCCCAGCACGAUGGCAUCACGCCGAACCACUCCACCCUGAACCCGGUGUACGAGUACUCGGAGGAGAUGAACGCCGCCGCCGAGGCGGACUUUACCGAGCGCCGGGCCAUGCUGUGGAACGUGUGCGCCGACCACCGGAUCAUCGGCAAGUUCGCACCGAACGCGUGGGAGUUUUUCAUCUCGCCGGGGCACGGACUAGCCUGGUGUAACAUUUUCAAGGCCGCCAGCAGCACCUGGAUGUACUACUUCAACAUCUUGGGUGGUUACGACGUCCGGUACCUGCAGCGGACGAGGGCCUCUCCGAUCGAGCUAGCCCGCAAGCGGUUCCCGCGACCCAGCACGACCGAGCUGAACGACUACCUGUCGAACACGAUCUCGUUCCUGAUCGUGCGGGAACCGUUCGAGCGGCUCGUGUCCGCGUACCGGAACAAGCUGGAGGGCUGCCGGAACAAGUACUACAAGCUGCUCGGCGAGCAGAUCAUCAAAAAGUUCCGCAAAAAGAUCAAGGACGGGGAGGGAAGGCUGAUUACGAAAUUCCCCAAAGGGCCGACGUUCCGGGAGUUUCUCCAGUUUUUGGUGGCGCACUACAAGAGCGGGGGACGUUUUGACGAGCACUGGAGUCCGGUGUACUCGUUCUGUACGCCGUGCAGCAUCAACUUUACGCUGAUUGCGAAGGUGGAGACGUUCCAGCGGGACAGCGAGUACAUAAUACGGCAGGCCGGGCUGGAGACGCUGCUGCUGAACAAGCUGCCGCGCGGGAAGGCUAGGGCGAUUGCGAAUCGAGCCACCAGCAACACCAGGAACUUGGUGCCGAGAUACUUUGCCCAAAUCGACGAGCAGCUGCUGACGGAGGUGCUCGAGAUCUACCAGCUGGACUUUGAGCUGUUCGGCUACAACAGCACCAAGUACUACAGCUAUGUACAGGAAACGCUGGACGGUGCUGGACGGUGAACCGAUCAACCAUUUAUUACAACACAACAACCAACAUAUAUACAAACACACACACAAAAAUCCCCCGUUUAAUCAAGACUUAAGGCUAGUUGGAGAAAAAGGUGAUUUGGGGCUGGAAGAAAUCGCAUAGAAAAAAAAAACACAAAAUCCCUGUUCGAUGUUCGUUUUUUGUGAAGGUGUCUCGUUAGAAUAGCGUAUAUACAUAUAUUUAUAUAUUUUUGAUAAACCAAAAACAGAAGCAAAAAAAAAAUGACAAAAGUUAACGGUUAUUUUCGUAGGUUAGUUUCUUAUUAUACUUUUAAUCGGGGUAAAAGUGAAAAACAAGUCAAGGACAGUACACAAAUGUCAAAAAGAGCAAGCAAAAUUAAAAACGAAAAAAAAAACACAAAAUUAUGAAGGACUAAUCCCACCUAAUAGUUUCCAAAAACAAGAAAAACGGAGGGAAUUUUACACGCAAAAUUUCAUCAGUUGAAAGUCCAGCGCCCACUUUAGGAAUCGUAUUUGCCAACCCGACUUGUUUGAUGUGAUCAAUGUUUUAUGUGAAUGUACGUCGUCGUCAUCGUCCCCCUUCGCGCGCGAAUGUUUGUAAUUUGCAUACAAAUUGAGAGAGAGUUUCGUCGCCGCCGUCGCCGCCCUUUUGUGUGCUGAUAUGUAAUUAGCUGAUAGCCAACAACCUCCCCUCCCCCCAGGGGAGAGAUAGAACUGAGGGCCAUAAAUCCAUAAAAGUUCUGGCGAAAAUAGUAGAUAGGACUCGCGUGCACAAACACACACCCAUACAGUUGGGCACACAAUUCGGCUAAACAAUGGCUUUUGUGAUAAUUUUUGCAAGCUAUCUUAGUGAUCGAUGUGGAUAAAGUGCCAAAUAUGUUGUUAAAACUUUCUCUCGAAAAAAAACGAAAAAAAAAACCUUCGCUGCACAAUUUUUUCGUUACCCCCUAAAACGCACCUAAAAGUUUAUGUGAAAUCGUGUCUGUCUGCGAAACUGGAAUGCAGCUAGGAAAAAAACUCAGCUAAGGAAAAAAAACUUAUGUGAAAAAUAUUAUUCUAUAUAUAAAAAUACUAGAUGUUGUGAACAAAUACUACACCCAACCAAAACCAAAAGCAAAAACCCCAGCACCAAAAUGAACCAGAUAAACAAAAAAAAUCACACAAGUUAAAACAAAACAAGUUGUAAGUUUGACAAACAUAGGGAACGAAACGUUGAAUCGGAACUGCGAAUCUGCUCGAGUUAGUUAUACACAAAAAAAAGUUAGUCUCACCAUAUUGUAUGUGUAUGUUUAGAAAACAAAACAAAAACAACAAAAAAACGUGUUUCGGAAAACAUCUAUUUUUAUAUUGAUAUUUGAAAAACUAUAAACAAAACAAAUCUAGGACGAUCUAACGAACUAAUUCUAAAUUUAGGACCCAGCGUAUAUUUCUCUUGUUUCGGUUUAGAACGCAAUCGCAGAACAACAACAACAAAAAUCGUUACACUUUUUUAUGUUACAUUCUCACACCCAGAAUUACACACACAACAAAACACUUCUAGAACAGCUUAUACAAAAAUAAAAACAGAACAAAUAACACAAAAAUCAAUUGUACUAUUAAAUGUCGUUGUCAACUAUGUACCUUAUAUUUACAAAGAAAAAAAUCAAACCCAAACCCUGAACAUACUAAGUUUCACACGUACACGAAGUAAAACAAAACACACAUACAAAACAGUUCGAGACAUCUGUUGUGCUAGAAGUAAACACUUACACAAAAGGCAAAUAUAUACAAAAGAAAAUAUAUAACAGUUCACACCCAUGUAACCAACACACCCACACACAAACACACGUUUCAAGCAACAAAAGAAAACAAAAAAAGUAAUAACCGAAUAUUUAGUCAUCCCAACCGAAAAAAAUAAACAACAACAAACCCAAAAAUAUUUAACAAACCAAACAACAACGUUUAAAUGAUUGCAAUGAAUGCGACAAGAAGAUGACGAAGGGAAAGUAACACGCGCGAGUAACAGACUGAUUCAAUGAAGUAAAUUAACGAAAACAAAACAAAAAGUAUAUUAAAAAAUAAAGGAAACCAUCUCGUGGCAGUGACGUUCAAUCGA